AUGAAGUUCACUCCCUUCCCGGGCUACAUUGCAGCUGGCGAAGAGGAUGGUCAUGAGAUGUUCGAGCACUAUUUGUUCUUUGAGAGCGAGGGCAGUCCAUCUAGCGACCCGCUGAUCAUGUGGACAAACGGUGGUCCCGGAGCUUCAUCGCUGUUGGGCUCUUUCACGGAGCUUGGACCGUACUAUUUGUCCGAUGCUUCCUUGCAGACGGAGGAAUAUCGCAGUACUGGUGUGCCAACCCUCUUUGAGAACUCCAACCGAUGGACGAAGCUUGGCUCCCUGCUGAUUCGUAACUUGCCACCCCCGAUUGGCUUCUCUUACUGCAACCCCAUCGGGCCGAGCGGCGACGGGUACAGCUGCGGCUCCUGGAACGACACAAAAACUGCGAAGCAUAGCCUCUACUUCAUGCAGAACUGGAUGAAAGCCUUCCCGGAGUACUCUUCCAAUCGACUCUUCCUGAUCGGCGAGUCUUAUGCCGGCCUCUAUGUGCCCAUGUUGGCACAGCAGAUCCUGGAUGCUGGCUCCUUCCGACUGGAGGGCAUAGCAGUCGGCGAUGGCUGCCUUGGUGGCGGAGGCAACAAUGGCGGAUGCGUGCCAAAUCCGGGUCCCUACUUCUCCGUGGAGUUCUUCCAUGGCCAUGGUCAGUUCUCGGACAAGACCUACGCAGAGAUCAAGAACAUGUGCUCGCGAGAGGAGCUGGUGAAUGGAGCGCAAACUGAGAAGUGCCAUGCAGCCCUAGACAAGAUGGACAAAGAAAGAGGCUAUAGCUUCGAUUACAACCUCUAUGACGAGUGCUAUGACUUCGACCUAGCGGGACCUUCGCAUCAACGUCGUAGUGCAAGGCUUCGCUCUUGGAGGGAGAUCGCUCUGCACCAAAACAGCUACUGGCAUAUGGACGGUGCACCGUGUGGCGGAAUACAUGCCAUGUUCAAGUGGGUCAACACCUCUGCGGUCAAAAAGGCGCUUCAUGUGGCCCCAAAUGCUCUCUUCUUCACUGGAGACAACGGCGUAGGAUUCACCUACAACUCCACCCAGCCCAGCCUGGUUCCUUGGUACUCAAGCGAACAAGCGAAGAAGAUUCGUAUCUUGAUCUACAACGGCGACGCCGAUCCAGGUCUCAAUAGCUUCUACGCUCAGAACUGGACUUCUUCCGUCGGAAUUCCAGAGAUUGAGUCCUGGCGCCCCUGGACCCGUGAUGGCAAAAUCCGAAUGGGCGGCUAUGUCACCCGCUACCAGAACAAUUUCGACUUCCUCACCAUCCGCGGGGCUGGGCACAUGGUCCCAGAAUACAAGCCAGAGGCGGCCUUCGUCAUGGUCAAGUCCUUCUUAAGCAACAGCGAGUACCCGCGCUACCAUCCAGCAAGUUUCUAA